AUGUCGGAAAAAGCGCCAGUGGUGUACCAUGGCACGAGUAUGCCCGACCCAGAUUGGUGGCAAACGUUAUGGUCAGAUCCAGCAGGUGUCGUAGCGAAAUUGGGCUUGAAGCCAGGGAUGGUGGCGCUCGACUUGGGCUGCGGCGAUGGCUGGUUUACCAAGCCCAUAGCCCAAAUAGCACAACGUGUAUACGCCCUGGACGCCGUGCCUGCGCUUGUCCAAGCUACGGAACAGCGGGUUGCCUCUAUUGGCCAUGUGCAAUGCAUCGUGGGCGAUGCCAUGGACGCGUCACACUAUGUACCUGAACCGUUGGAUUAUAUCCUGCUAGCCAAUACCUUGCAUGGCGCACCAGACCGGGCUGCGCUAGUCCAAAGUUGCGCCGCUUUGCUCAAAACAGGGGGCUACUUGGCCAUUGUAGGAUGGCACGUACGCCCUCGUGAAGAAUGCCAAGUACUAGGGAAACCGCGUGGGCCACAUCCGGACCUUCGCAUGUCCGCCGAGGAGACCAUCAAGGUAGUCCAGGCGUGUGGUUUCGUGCACAUCUCAAGCGAGAGUGUAUCUUUGUACCAUUAUGGUUUGGUGUUUGAAUAUCAGCCAGUGCCAAGAAGGUAA